CCAAUGGGCGAGCGCGGUGGAGGGAAAAGGUAGAGGGCGACGGGCCGGCUCGACGCAGGGACGCCGCACGCCGUGAGUAGAGGAACGAGGGCGGAGGCAGGGACCGGGUGGUGGUUCCACUCUCCCGAGCCUCCGCCAGCACAGGCUUGACUGGACGCCGGCGCCGUUCCGCCACAGAAGGCCGGGCGUGGCGGGGUCACCUCUGGCUCCCGCGACCUCUCCUUCGGCCACGCCUCCUGGUCAGUUGGCAACGCUCUGGCCCGGGAGCCGGGGGCUAAGCCACCUCCUGCCGCUCCCUGUCACUACCGGACUGGUAGCCCGCAGGUUUCUGGGCUCUUCGUGGGUCUCCUGGUUAGUGUCGUUCAUUUAACCACUGACUCAGCCUGUAAAUAUUAGGCCCUGAGCUAGGCGCUGGAUGGAAGUAGACAGCUCGGUCCCGGUCAUCAUGGUCAUCAUUUAGUGGUUUGUUUGUUUGUUUGUUUUUGUUAUUGACUUAUGUAUAUGCCUAUAUGAGCUUAUUGCAACAGCUGUGUGCAGGAGUUCGUAGAGACCAGGAAAGGGAGUAAGGGAUCCUCUGGAACUGGAAGUUUUUGAGCAACUGUGAGCCGUAUAGGUCCUCAGAUCAAUGAUGAUGUUUGGAAAAAUUUCGAGGCAGCUCUUCAGCUUAAAGAAAAUCCCAUGGUCAUGUGACUCCAGAUACUUCUGGGAGUGGUUGAAUACAGUGUUUAAUAAAGUAGAUUAUGAACGCAUCAAGGAUGUUGGCCCUGACAGGGCAGCUUCUGAGUGGCUACUUCGGUGUGGAGCCAAAGUACGAUACUGUGGCCACCAGAAGUGGCUACAGGACUAUAACAAACUCCCAGGAGGCUCUGUGGACAGAUACAAGAUUCAAGCAAUUGAUGCCACCGAUUCUUGUAUCAUGGACAUUGGGUUUGAUCACUUGGUGGGCCUAGAGCAUGUUGAAAGAAUAACACUGUGCAGGUGUCAUUAUAUUGAAGAUAACUGUUUGCAGAGGCUUAGUCAACUUGAAAAUUUACGAAAAAGCCUAUUGGAGUUGGAAAUAAUCGCCUGUGGAAAUGUCACGGACAACGGCGUCAUUGCUUUGCGACACUUUAAGAACCUCAAGUAUUUGUUCUUAAGUGAUCUUCCUGGAAUAAAAGAUAAAGAGUACCUUGCCGAAGUCUUUACUAAAGCACUGCCUUCUCUGGAACUAAAAUUAAACCUGAAGUAAAAUAAGUGUCUGGUUUCACUAUUAAGGAUCCCUUGAAAUUGCUGAUACUAGAUAGCUACAAAUAUUACAUAAUCAGCAGUAGAACUGUGAAAAUGACUUAGAAAUGGAGAAUGGAUCAGGAAGAGAAUAAAUAAUCAGAAGUCACUCACUGAAGUCACUUAGUUGAAAGUGAGAAAUUAUGUACACUGAAUCAUUUUUAAACUGUAACAGCAUUUUAAUAUAUUUCUCAUUUAUAUAUAAAUAUAUAUGUAGGUGUUGAUGCAGAGUUUUUUAAACUGCAAUGUCAAUACUUUUUCUUACAAUAAUUUGCAUCACACGGAAGCAUGUUACGGUAAAUGUGCAGUUAUGAAAACCUGAAAGCUCGGUGACAGACCCGCUGAUGGAGUCCGGGUACGAAGUUGUCGGUGUUGAGAGCAGCGUGCUGUGUUGCUUCCCAGGAUUUGCAUGAUUGCUCAAGCUCCUGCAUUGCUGCAUUGCUAAUAGUGCAUACUGUUAAAGACAUCCUUUCUCAGGAAGAGUGCUGCUGGCUACUUGGUCCUACUUUAAAGCGUGGGCUACGUCGUGCUGGUUAAAACAGAACGCAGUACUUAUCUAUACCCAACUAGUUUUGCUGGUAAAACAAACAGGAAAUGGGCUGCCCUACUCCUCAUCCGCUUCAGACAGGAAUGUGUUAUCCUUAGAAUCUAAUUUUGCUAUCUCUCUCUGAAUUCUACCUUCUAUGAACUCAGGGGAUAUAAAAAUAUAAAUACAAAGAUGAAUUUAUGUCUAGAAAGCACCAAUGAAGAAUGUCUGAGUAGAUGAAGGCUAGUCUUUAAUGUCUUGAAGUAGCCGCAGUCCCACCGCUGUUAGCUGUGUGCUGUAGCCGUGUAGGCUUCUGGAUGUCUGGCUGCCAGCUGCUGCAUAUAAAUUAACUAGGAAUGGCCUUCGGCAGCGCAGCACUCAGGCAGAAAAGUGAGCUUCAGCUAUACUUAGAGCUAUGCUUAAAGAAAAACACCUAGUUCAUGGGGAAGUCCAAAUUACAUACGGCACAAGUCAGAAAACAGUAAUAAAAACAAAGAUAAGGUAAAACUGUA